UGGUCGACCGCUGCCAGUCUUCCGCCCCGUGCCUGGCGCUUGCCCCGAAUAGCCAACCGCCAGAUUGCCGUGGCGUCGCUUGGUGUGCGACCUUGCAAAAAGUCUGAUCCUCUGGGCCCAUGGCCGCUGCCAUCCUGGCUGCUGCUUGUCCAGGCCCAGCUGGGUCCCCGCGCGCCCGUUGCCAGGCCUAUAUCAAGCUUCGAGCCCCCAGGCCCCCGAGCCGACUGCACCUUCAUCCUCCGACAUACCACGGUGCUGUUGCGUUCACUCCCUCUGAGCACUCGCUCGUUGCCUUCUUUGUCUCUCGCAGACGUCCACUCUCUCUACCGAAGCAUCAGCCCUGGUCGGCCCGAAGUGCCUCGUCGUCCGCCGCUCCCCAGGCGCCUUCGUCCUCGCACGAGGCUGCUAAGCCUUCCGUCCCCGCUGAGAAGCCUUCCUCGGCCGCCCCCGUGGCCUCCGCCCCUGAGGCCAGCUACGAGGCUGCUACCUCCUUCGUCUUCGCCUCCGAGGCCGCGAAGCCCAGCUCUGCCGCUGCCGUGAGCACUCCCGCUCCCGCCGCUGAGGCCGUCACCACCACCUACGCAGCUGCCUCUUCCGCCAAGGCUUCUUCUGCUGCUCCCGCUUCCACCAGCGCCUCCUCGGCGGGUGGCUACGCUGGCGGCAAGCGCGGUCUCGCAUACCGCUGGGACGGCGCCGCCGACUGCAAGUCCUUCGAGGGUAAGAACUUCGGCUUCGUCUGGAACUGGGAGGCCGACACCAAGGGCGACGUCGGCAGCUUCGCCGCCAACUUCAUCCCGACGCUGCGCACCCUCGCCAACGCCGGUGACUGGGCUUCCAAGGCCCAGGCUGCCAUCGACGCCGGCUCCAAGGUUCUCUUCGGCCUCAACGAGCCCGACAUUGCGUCCCAGGCCAACCUCGACGUCGCUUCCCUCUGCACCGCGUGGAAGGACAACAUGAACGACUUCUACGGCAAGGCCACCAUCGUCGGGCCUUCCGUCUCCUCCUCCCAGACCGAGGGCCAGGGUCUGUCCUACCUCCAGCAGUUCGUCGAGCAGUGCCCCGAGGCCAAGUUCGACGACAUCAACAUCCACUGGUACGGCCCUGCCUCCGCGGGCUUCGACGCCUUCAAGGCCCACUACGAGGACGCCGCCUCCAAGUUCCCCGGCAAGAAGAUCUGGGUCACCGAGUUCGGUCUGACGGGUGCCACCGAGACCGAGUCUGCCGACUUCCUCAAGAGCGCGCAGACCUACCUCGACGGCGAGUCCACCUGCGCCGGUUACUCCUACUUCGCCGUCGGCAACUUUGACCCCGCGGCCAACCUCCUCGGCACCAUGUCGGCGCUUACCAAGGCGGGUGAGGUCUACGUCUCGUAAGCGACCUUGUCGACGUGGGGCGUUUGGUUUGCAAAACUUUUAUCUUGGGUUCGGGUCUAGGGUCAAUAUGGGUCAUGGGACAUAGACGCGUCAACACCGCGCUAUUACUACUGUCUGUUGUUUAAAUAUUAUCUUCUCCUAUGUACAAUUUGGGGCAGCGGCUUGGGGCAGCGAACGAGCAUGUGUGCUGUAUAAAGAGGAAUG